AUGCAAGCUGGUCCUGAAGGUAAGCGAGCUUUUUUUAUCGUUUCCGAUCGAAACGAUAAACCGGAUGGACUCUACAGAUUGCAUAUGAGACCUCCUGAAGUUUCACAGCCCACAACACUCACACACCCAUACCCAUACUCAGACACCCACACCCAACACCCGGAACCCCCCA